AUGAUUUUUGCACAGUCUGUAAGUGUUGUGCCCGUCAAAAGAGGUGUCCUAUUUCGAACAGUUAAUGGCUCGCUUGAGUUGUGGAACUUUGAUUUGUCUGUUUGCAUGAAAAGGUGGACUGAGUUUCCUGUCGAUGAUGUUGUACCCUUAUCAGAGGAACGAGUCGCCUUGAAAACGAGGAAUAACUUUGAUGACAGAUGGGAAGUCACCAUUCUAGAUACAACGAGUGAACAAAUUGUGUCAAAGAUUGCAAAUUUUGAUGGUAUUUUUUUGGCAUGUAAUAAUAAAUGGGAAGUGCUAACCACCACUGAUGGAAAGUCACUGCAGUUGUGGCGUGAAAACCGAGUGCUAUGGGAAACUUCUACUAAGUUCAAUCUAUUUAGCCUUCCAAGUGCUAUUUUUUCUCCUACUGAAGAAAACGUCGUCACUUAUGGUGCACCUGGCUCUUACGUCCUCGACGCAGUUUCGGGAAAAGUGAUUCGUCAAUUGGAGAACAUGGAUGUAGAUGAUAUUAAGUUUAUCAGUAACGAGGACUGCAUUGUGAACUUGAAUGAUUCAAGAGGUUUAUGUCUUCGAUUAUACAACGUUAAAUCUGGUGAUCUCCUCAGUGAAAUUGUAGAGCAACGACAAUUUGAAAGUCUUGCAGUUUGUCCUCGUAAGCGCUUGGUCGCAAUUGGCUUUAGAUUCUCCAAGGACCAUUUUGAAAUCAUUCAAGCGAAGCUGCCAGGCGACAAAGAAAAGACAAACAUCGAAAGGUUGAACCUCCCAGAGUAGGACAUCUACAGAGAUUUACAGUUUCGUUGCUGAAUGGGAAAGACAUUAUCAGAAAGGCUGUAUUCCUCUGAUUUCUUUGCAUUCGAGUGGUUACGAUCAUCUAGUCCCGACAUCUGAACAGGAGAGACCGCUGAUCGAGAUUGGAGCGAGUACAAGAAUGAUUUCAGUGACAAAGCUUUUCAGGGUUUAAAUUAUAUUUUUCUUGUAGAGACUUCAUAAACAUUUUUAACUGUUCCUAGCGUAAACUUAAGACAAAUAUUUUACGCUGUAACUCCCAUGAGUGACCAAGACAGAAUUUCUCCUUACAAAAUCAAUAGAAUAUCAACCAGAUAAGUGAUGAGAAUAAAGAAAAAUCUCAAUUUGGGGAUGAGUUGAUUCAACACUAAAAUCUCUGAAUAACUUUAUAAGAAUUGUAUGGUAGACUGUAAGGAGAAUUGUAAAUUGGAUCUAGGAGUUAAAGGGUUAAGGAUAUAUUUUAUUUCUCCUCUGGUGUUUAAUCACCCAGCUACAAGCUGAGAAAUUGUUUUAUGGAAGCGGAGUGUAGUAAGCAUCUCGUUUAGUGUUGAUUUGCAACUCGUUUAACUCGUGAGAUUAAUUCCUCGAGGAAAACGAAAAAGGUAUUGACAAAAUGUAAAGUUCUCAGAAAGGCCUUAACUUCAUUUUCUGCAAAAUUACUUGUACAGCUUUAGACUGUUUGAGAAGAAGA